UUUUAAAUUAUGUUUAGUGAAAAUAUUUAAAUUUUAGAUAAUUAAAAUAGCAUGAAAUCAAAAAACUAAUUUUCAAAAGCUAGCAGUGAGCUAAUAUAAAAGCUUUAAUAAUUAAAUUUAAGUAGCUCUAGCUCUGAUUCAUUUGAUUCUGAGUUCAAAUAGCCAUUUCUAAAUGCUCUUAAAUUGAAUUAAUAAUUAGAUGUUGACAAACCUAAUUUUAAGUAGAAUAAUUUCUUUAGUGAAAAAUCUAAUGAGAGCAAUGAUCUAAUAAUAUAAAAGUAGAUAAUCGAAAGAAUUAUUCAAAAUUAACUUCGAAAUAGCUUUAAAGAAGCUACUUUAUAAGCAAACAAAGAAAACUUUUAAUAGAAUAAUUUUUAGAACGCUUAAAGUGAUUCAGAAAGAAGCGAAAUUUAUUUAUUUCAAGAUGGUAAAGAUUAAUUUAGGCGGAUAUCAUAAAGAUUAAAAACCUCUCCAAGCCUAUAGAAAAAAUUAGUUGACAAGAACCUAGAAGAUGAGGAAGACCCCUUUAAAAUUUAUGACAAGCUGAAAGAAAAUAUAAACAAAGAAAUAACUCUAAGCAAAUAGAGAAAUGAAUAGUACUUAAAUGAAAUAAAUCAUUUAUAAAAUGAAUUGAUGAGCUUAAAGCUCUAAGAGGUGGAGUUCGAAAAAGAUUUUCUACUUGGCAGACAUCAAAAUUUUGAGAAUAAAAUAUUUACUUUCAAUACUAUGCCAAACAAUAAUGAGUUGUAGUCUAAUUAGAAACUCUCAGAUGCUAUUUAAAGCAACAAUUUAAACCACCUUUACAAAUAGCCUCAAUCAUUCAUAAACCUUCACCACAGCAUUCCUAAAUUUUAAUAGCUAUAAAACAACAAUAAUAAUGAUUAAAAUAUUUCUAUGAAUUAUAAAAUCCCGUAUCAAUAUCGUUCUUUUUCUACUCUGGACAACUCAAAUAAAUUUGAUAGAUAUGAAAAAAGGCAUUAAAAUAAAAGUUUGUAGCUGUUUCACAAUCAAAAUUAAAAUAAUUCUAUUUUAAAUUAUACAAAUUAAAAUAAUUCUAUUUAAAAUUAUACAAAUUAAAAUAAUUCUAUUUAAAAUUAUAUAAAUUAAAAUGAUAAUAAUUAUGACUAUGAUAAUAUUUUAUACAAUCAAAGAUAGCAAAACUUCCCUAAAAACAGUCAAUUCAAGGAACCUUUAAAUUAUAAUAAUGAGAAAAUUGUUUUAGUAAAUUACCCUAAUAGCAAUAUUAUCUAGCAAGAAUAGCUUUAAUAGACCAAAUAAAAUUACUAAUUUGUGAGUUUACUUUAGAAUAGCAGCUAGCCAGAUACGCAAUCAAUAAAUGUUCUAUAAAAGUGUAACGAUUAGCAGUUGGAUAUUUCAUAAGAAAAUGAAGUUCAAUAUGAUUAUUUCAAGCCAAUAUACAAUUCUGGGUACUAGCAUAAUCAAUCUGAAUUGCAAAAAGAAAUCAGCACUCAAGAAAAACAAAAAGCACAAAAAAAGAGAGUCAUGAGCAUAAAGCCUUUGUAGCUUUAGUCUUAAAAGACAUUAAAAUAAAAGACUAUUUAAAAGUAAGAUGGGUAAGUAGAUUUUUAUAAAAGUCCUCUUUAAAACAUAAGAAUAAAAGAACAAGAGUAGAUUUCUGACUAGAACAAAGUUUCAAAAGUUCAAAAGAAGCUUAAUAAGUUAGUUAAUCCAGCUAUCCAUCAAAGCAAAUCAGAAGCAUCAAUAAAAAAGAAAGCUCACUCUUUGAAAAGUUUGGAGUAUUCUCAUUCAUAUAAAGACUAAAAGCAAAACAUUAUAAAUAGCACAAAUGAAUCUCAUUAAAGUCCUAAGAAAAACAAAAGUCAGAAUAUAAAAGAACUAAAGCAAAACAAAAAAAUGAAAUCACUUUAUGAAUAAACUCAAAGCAAAAAUAUUUCAUAGAUAUCUACUAAAAAGAAAGAUGUCACUUCCUCCAAUAAUUUGUAACUAAAAAAGAUGAAUUCCCUUUAGCAUUUAAAAGUUUAAAGCAACUUAUCAAGUAAAUAAGAUUUAAAAAAGAAAGAAGCAUGUAAAGAAUGCCUGAACCUAUUAAGAAAAAAUAUUUCUACAACAUACUGCACUCAAAAACAUAAUUAAAAAAAUGCAAGUUAAUGA